AUGAUUACUGCUGAAACCAUGAGGUCGAUUCAAUUGUCACCUCGAUGUCAAAAUGGCUGUUUGCGGUUGCUGUGCUGUAACCAGCGCUACCCAGGUAUGACUGGGAGCUUCACAGUUGAAGUCGAUGAUGAUGAGAGGAUAUUCAAGGUUACCGAAUCAGAAAGUCUGUCCCCACCAAGAGGUGAUUCUGGUCUGGUUUGA